CUGCCAUCCUCCACUCAGCAAAACCCAGCAGCAGCCAUGAGCCAGAAGAGCGGUGGAGAGGCGGUUCCUCCUCCCUCAGCUGCCCUUGACUCAGGUAAGCCCCUCCUCCUCUACCCCCUCUUCUCUUCUGCCUCCAUGGUAACAGUGAGCAGUGCUGGUAAUGGUUCCAUCCUGUUUCCUGGAGUCAACCCUUCUUUAGGCUACCUGCAAGACCACUUCCAACUACAUUAGGGGUAGGCAGCACACAGUCUGUACCUGUAGGCUUACACCUGCAUGUAGAGAGUACAGCCAAUAGGCAAGGAGCAGCUGCUGAAGACCGGAGUUAUGAGGCCUUAUUGCCCUCUCCCAUGGGCGUCCUGUGGCCCUCAGCAAACACACUGCACACAAUGCCAGCCAGCCAUCCCUGGGCACUGGGGACUUGCUCACGUCUCUGAAGACUGUGAACAGUUCUAACUUGCCCCGGUUUAGAGUGAGUUUCAGUAGAACCAGAAGUCUGUUGCCUUCGGACAUCAGUGCUUCAAUGCAGCCAAUGCAGCCCUCAGACAAGGCGGGACAUACUGGCUGUAGCUGGAGGAAGGUGAAGUAUUUUUCAGUUUACAUGAAAUUUAAUUUGGGACUGUAGGUUUUACUGCAAAUUGGCCUUACUUCUUCUGGCUAUCUCUUCUUUUCACUUUUUUUGUGAGCUUUAUUUUGUACCCCAAAUCUUUGGAAUCAAGUAUUGAAAAAAUACUUUGACAUUUAAAAUGUAGGUUUCUAUUAGUUCUCUGUCAAAUGAGGACAACUCUUUAAUUUUAGGCUGUCCAGCAGUUCAGGUUAGUCUUUUUUGGUCACACCAGACAAUUUUGCCUGUCGCUUUGGCUCUUUGUUCAAAUAGUUUCUACCUCUCCGUAUCCCUGCACAGCCUUCCUCCAUUUGCCAGCCAUAUAGCUCUCUGCUGAAGCAUCUCUGCUCUGUCCUUUUUACACCUUUGCUGUUCUGUGCUGUUACUGUACUUUGCAAGGCGGGUGCAUGCUGGCUCUGAUAUUACCCUACACCCAUCACCCAUCCGUUGCCUGCCCUGCUACUUUUUAUAGCUUGGCCUGGCUGUCACCACAUCCCUGAUGCCAGUGUCCUUCCUGUUUAGCUCUGUACGGCUGCACACUUCCAUGCCUCUGUUCCUGUUCCAAUCCCUGUUCUUAUCCCUGUCCUGCCACCCCUGCCUGUAACCUUAAGGCUUCAUUACUUGUGUCCCCUCCCCUGACCACUCUUCUUUGAGAUAUGGCUGAAUGGAGAUGUAGCAUCACUCUAGGUUGGCUUCAGCUGUUAUGUAGGAAUGUUGGCUGUUUUUAGUCAGCUCUUGCCGUAGAAAAUUCAUAUUGCUUUUACUUUGCUGAUUAGCUCUCCCUUUUUUUCUAAUUGAUGUAACAUGUUAUUGAUUUCCAUCUAGAAGUCUGAAAUGGGCAUGAAUUAUUUGUUGUCAGAGGUCAACUUUCUUCCUUGCCUUUCAGUCAGUCUAUAUAGUACUAAUGCCAGGCCAUUUAAUGGAGGUCAUUUCAAGUAGUGCAUUUCAUAAGAGAGUCUGUUUUUACGUUUUAAGUAGGUAAUUGCAGCGGGAGUCUUUUUAUAGGUGUACACCCAUUAGAGAGGGAAAUGACCCUAUAUUACUUUUGCCCAUAAUUUCAUUCAGUUCAUCUUUAGGAAUGUUUGUUUAGUUCAGACCUUACUAUCCCAGCCACUCCUUCUCCUGCUUCCCACCCAUGCUAAAGGGUCCGAGUUUUCUUGUGCCAACUUAGCUUCUGCAUGAGUUUAAAGUGGAAAUGCAUUUUAUUUUACAAGCUCCAAAAUGACACUCAGCCUGUACAUUGAACAGCACCUGAUCAAUAUCAGAAUCCACACACCUCAGCAAUAUAUUGACAAGUGAACAUACUCCACAAAGUUUUUGAAAUGUUCUUCCUUUCUUUGUUUCAAUAAUAUUCAGCAAAUGCACAAAGUGAAUUGCUUUUUUUGUUGAUUGGAUACAAUUUGUUUUGCUAUUAAUGAACUUAACUUGCAUUUUAGCUGGGCCCCACAGGCGUCGUGGUGGGUUGUGUGACUGUCUUUCUGUCAGUAGUGAAGACAUUUAGUCCCAAGGGCUCUUAACCCAUCAAAAUUCACCCAGGGUGUUGAGUAGGUCCGUCUAAACUUUAAGACUUCUUAUUAUUUUCAUUUUAUUGCAUUUACAGUUUUUUGUGUUGUAUUGCAACUGAGUUUUUUAUGUCAACGUUUUGUUUCUUUAAUUCUGCAUUUAAAUGGUAGUGGAACACAGUGUAGAAGGGGGUGGGGUUAAAGGGACAUUAAAAAAAAUAUAUAUCUACAUCAUAUUCAUUAUCUCCAGCACCUCCCCAACAUCAACAUAUGCAAAAAUUGUGCAUUUCUGUGUUUUGUAGUAAAAAAUAUCCAGAUAUGUUUUUCCAAUGACAUCAACCAAUUAGUAGAUUAUGUCUACUCGAAAUGUGUCAAUUGCACGAUGCACAACGAUAAAUGUCAUUGGAAACACUUAUCUUCCUCCUUUUUUUACUACAAAUCAUAGAAACUCACCAUUUUCACAUAUGUUGAUGUUGGUGUGGUGCUGUAGGUGAUGAAUAUGACGUUGAAAAAAAAAAGGUUUCCUUCAAGGGUUUAAGGGUAAAGAAAAGCAGAACUUGGGCUAGGAUGGAACAUGCAAUGGUCCCAGAGAUGGAGGCAUGGGUCUUCGGUAAUGCGUUUACAAUAAGAGCAAAUGUUCUAUGUUUAUUUGAAAAUGUAUUAAGUCUACGCUGUAAUACACCUUGAAUCCUAUUGCCUCCAUCUGCAGGGGCUGUGCAAUCACAUUGGUUUUAAGAGCAUGGUGAUUUGCAGCCACCUUGAGCAUUUUUGUUAAGUGGAAAUUGGUAGGGUUUGUGGAAAGAAUAGCCUACAUAUAUUGAAUGAUACUUCUGGUACUACCAUUUUAUGGCCAAACCAAAUAGUUCCAGUGCCUUCAGAAAGUAUUCAUACCCCUUGACUUAUUACACAUUUUGUUGUGUUAAAGCCUGAGAUCAAAAUGUAUUAAAUCGUUUUUUUUCUCUCAACCAUCUACACACAAUACCACAUAUUGACAAAAUGAAAACAUGUAUUUAAACAUUUUAGCAAAUUUAUUGAAAAUGAAGUACAGAAAUAUUACAUUUACAUAAGUAUUCACACCGCUGAGUCAAAACUUUGUAGAAGCACCUUUGGCAGCGAUUAAAGCUGUGAGUCUUUCUGGGUAAGUCUCUAGGAGCUUUCAACACCUGAAUUGUCCAACCAUUUGACAAAUGUUUUAUUAUUAUAAUUUAUUUUAUAUCAUCUUUUUUAAGCACUGUCAAAUUGGUUGUUGAUCAUUGCAAGACAACCAUUUUCAGGUCUUGCCAUAGAUUUUAGAGUAGAUUUAAGUAAAAACUCUGCCACUUGGGAACAUUCACUGUCUUCUUGUUAAGCAACUCCAGUGUAGAUUUGGCUUUGUGUUUUAGGUUAUUGUCUUGCUGAAAUGUGAAUUAAUCUCCAAGUGUCUGGUGGAAAGCAGACUGAACCAGGUUUUCCUCUAGGAUUUUGCCUAUGCUUAGCUCCAUUCCAUUAUAUUUUUUAUCCUGAACCCCCCCCAGUCCUUAAUGAUUACAAGCAUACCCAUAACAUGAUGCAGCCACCACUGUGCUAAAAUAUGGAGAGUAGUACUCAGUAAUGUGUUGUAUUGGAUUUGACCGAAACAUAACACUUUGUAUUCAGGACAAAAGGUUAAUUGCUUUGACACUUUUCUUGCAGUAUUACUUUUGUUGCAAACAGGAUGCAUGUUUUGGAAAAUGUUUAUUCUGUACAGGCUUCCUUCUGUUCUCUCUGUCAAUUAGGUUAGUAUUGUGGCUAGGGUUGCACAUUUUGGGGAAUGUUCAGAGGUGAAAACUUUCCGUGGGAAUAUAUGGGAAUUAACUUUUUUGGGACUGGGGGCAGUAUUGAGUAGCUUGGAUAAAAAGGUGCCCAGAGUAAACUGCCUGCUACUCAGGCCUAAAAGCUAGAAUAUGCAUAUAAUUAGUAGAUUUGGAUAGAAAACACUCUGAAGUUUCUAAAACUGUUUGAAUGAUGUCUGUGAGUAUAACAGUACUCAUAUGGCAGGCAAGAACCUGAGAAAAAAUCCAACCAGGAAGUGGGAAAUCUGAGGUUUGUAGAUUUUCAAGCCAUUGUCUAUCGAAUAUACAGUGUCUAUGGGGUCGAAUUGCACUUCCUAAGGCUUCCACUAGAUGGAAACAGUCUUUAGAACCUUGUUUGAGGCUUCUACUGUGAAGGAGGGGGGAAUGAGAGCUGUUUGAGUCAGGGGUCUGGCAGAGUGCCAUGAGCUCAGUCUCGCUCCCGUGAGAGUUAGCUGCGUUCCAUUGCAUUUCUACAGACAAAGGAAUUCUCCGGUUGAAACAUUAUUGAAGAUGUAUGAUAAAAACAUCCUAAAGAUUGAUUCUAUACUUUGUUUGACAUGUUUCUACGAACUGUAAUAUUACUUUUCGUCUGAACUUUCGCCUGGACUUGCCCGCGCCUCCUGAGUUUGGAUGUUAACUAAAUGUGCGAACAAAAAGGAUGUAUUUGAACAUAAAUGAUGGACUUUAUCAAACAAAACAAACAUUUAUUUUGGAACUGGGAUUCCUGGGAGUGCAUUUUGAUGAAGAUCAUCAAAGAUAAGUGAAUUUUUAUAAUGCUAUUUCUGACUUCUGUUGACUCCACAACAUGGCGGGUAUCUGUAUGGCUUGUUUUUGUGCCUGAGCGCCGCAUUCAGAUUAUUGCAUGGUGUGCUUUUUCCGUACAUUUUUUUGAAAUCUGACACAGCGCUUGCAUUAACGAGAAGUGGAUCUAACACUUGUAUCUUUUAGCAAUGUUUAUUAUGAGUAUUUCUGUAAAUUUAUGUGGCUCUCUGCAAAAUCACUGGAUGUUUUGGAACAUAAUGCGCCAAUGUAAACUGAGAUUUUUGGAUAUAAAUAUGAACUUUAUCGAACAAAACAUACAUGUAUUGUGUAACAUGAAGUCCUAUGAGUGUCAUCUGAUGAAGAUAAUCAAUGGUUAGUGAUUAAUUUUAUCUCUUUCUGCUUUUUUGACUCCUCUCUUUGGCUGGAAAAAUGGCUGUGUUUUUCUGUGACUAGGUGCUGACCUAACAUAAUCGUUUGGUUGUGCAUUUGUCGUAAAGCCUUUUUGAAAUCGGACACUGUGGCGGGAUUUACAACUAGUUUAUCUUUAAAAUGGUGUAAAAUACUUGUAUGUUUGAGGAAUUUUAAUUAUGGGAUUUCUGUUGUUUUGAAUUUGGCGCCCUGCAAUUUCACUGGCUGUUGGCGAGGUGGGACGCUACCGUCCCGAAUAUCCCAGAGAGGUUAAUGGGAAUAUAUUGGAAUUAACAGAAGUAUAUGCAAAUGCAUAUUAAUACCAUUUAAAUGUAGAUGUUUUUUUGCAUUGGAUAUAUUUAACAUAUAAUUAUGGAGACAGAAACAUAAACAUUUUACCUUAUCAUAAGCCUACAUAAUUGCAAAUUAUUAAAUCAUUCCAAUGGAAAUAUAAAAAAAACUAUUUAGUUAGGAAUUUAACUUUAAUUAAAUGAGUUGACUCUUCACAUGGGAUGAUUUCACUGAACAACAAAAGAAAGGGAAUAUUGAAUGAUCAAUCCCCAAAGAUCCAUUGCAUCUCCCAAAAACUUUCAACAUACAUCUGUAAAAUGAUAGUCUAGAAACUAAAGCUUUGGUUGUCUUCCUCUCAAGCUUACAUGUCUUCUCCCUGGACCUCCUCAAUGUCCACCUCUUGAACAUCAGACUCUGAGGCAUCAUCUUCACUGUCACUUUCCUACCUUGUUGAGGAUGGCUCGAUGUCAGGCUCAAAAAGUCUCAAAUUUGCCCGGAUGGCCACCGAUUUUUCAACCCUUGCUUUGGUCUGUGUGUGUUCUCAAACAAGGACCAGUUGCGCUCUGAGGCGGCUGAUGUUGGUGGGAUUUGGGGGAUGAUGGACAGAGGAAAGAGUCUCAGAUCCAUAAAGUCCCUUCCACCAGGUGGCUGAUGAGAUAUGUUGGCACGACUGCAAUAUUGCAUCUCCAUCCCAAAGCCCUUGCUUGGAAGUGUACUUCGCCAGACUCCCAAGAACCUUGCCCUCAUCCAGGCCAAGGUGGCAAGACACGGUAGUGAUGACACCAUAGGCCUUGUUGAUCUCUGCACCAGACAGGAUGCUCUUGCUAGCAUACUUGGGGUCCAACAUGUACACUGCGGCGUGUAUGGGCUUCAGGCAGAGGUCUUCACUCUUUUUGAUCUAUUUCAGAACUGCAGUUUCCUCUGCUUGGAGAAACGGUGAAGUGGGCAGGGCAGUACGGAUUUCUUCUCUUACAUCUGCAAGCAGAGUCUGAACAUCAGACAGAAUGGCAUUGUCUCCCUCAAUCCGUGCAAUGGCUACUGCUAUAGGUUUCAGGCUGCUUACCACUCUCUCCCAAAAUACAUCAUCCAGGAGGAUCCUCUUGAUGGGGCUGUCCAUAUCAGCAGACUGUGAAAUGGCCAUUUCUUGGAGAGACUCAUUCCCCUCCAGGAGACUGUCAAGCAUGACAACACCACCCCAACGAGUGUUGCUGGGCAGCUUCAAUGUGGUGCUCUUAUUCUUCUCACUUUGCUUGAUGAGGUAGAUUGCUGCUAUAACUUGAUGACCCUUCACAUACCUAACCAUUUCCUUGGCUCUGUCGUAGAGUGUAUCCAUUGUUUUCAGUGCCAUGAUGUCCUUGAGGAGCAGAUUCAAUGCAUGAGCAGCACAGCCAAUGGGUGUAAUGUGAGGGUAGGACUCCUCCGCUUUAGACCAAGCAGCCUUCAUGCUGCAUUGUCUGUCACCAGUGCAAAUACCUUCUGUGGUCCAAGGUCAUUGAUGACUGCCUUCAGCUCAUCUGCAAUGUAGAGACCGGUGUGUCUGUUGUCCCUUGUGUCUGUGCUCUUGGGGGUGGAGAUGAUGUAGUUAAUUAUUCCUUGCCCGCAAACAUUCGAUCACCCAUCAGAGAUGAUUGCAAUACAGUCGGCUUUCUCUAUGAUUUGCUUGACUUUCACUUGAACUUUGUUGAACUCUGCAUCCAGCAAAUGAGUAGAUAAAGCAUGACUGGUUGGAGGGGUGUAUGCUGGGUGUAGAACAUUCAGAAAUCUCUUCCAAUACACAUUGCCUAUGAGCAUCAGAGGUGAACCAGUUGCAUACACAGCUCGAGCAAGACAUUAAUCAGUAUUUCUCUGACUACUUUCCUCCAUUGAGUCAAAAAAACAUAAGCUGUUGCUAUCGAUAAGGUGUCUGAUUCAUAAUUUUCACCUCGAAUAGAAGUUGAGGGACUUUUGUCAGAGGUUGCUUGUUGUGAGCGCUGAGGGAACAUUAGUCACUUGGCCAGAUGAUUCUGCAUCUCUGUUGCAUUCUUCACACAUUAUUUGACUCAGUAUUUGCAAAUGUACACAGAUUUUCCUUCUACAUUAGCUGCAGUGAAGUGUCUCCACACAUCAGAUAGUGCCCGUGGCAUUUUCCUGUAAAGAUUAGAGAAAAAAAAUGUUAAACAAAUACAAUUCCAUGUACAGAUAAAUAGUUAAGCAGUUAGAUUAAACAACUCCUUUGUAAGAUAAAUGUUUUAAAAUGAAACGUGUAUGGAAACAGGUGAAUUAACACUCCUCAGUUAGCAGGCUCAAGUAAGCUAAAAUCCAUAUGGUAGCAAAAACUAACUAGCAAAAAUUGUUAACAAGUUAGAAAUGAUUUAAACAUUUAAACUUUUCUGUAGGCUACUAUUUACUAGUUAACAAAAAAUCAUGUAUGUCAUAAAAUCAAUUCACCUGACCCUUUGCAACCCUAAUUGUGGCAUAACUACAAUGUUGUUGAUCAUCCUCAGAUUUUGCCCAUCACAGCCAUUAAACUCUUUAACUGUUUAAAUGUCACCAUUGGCCUUAUGGUGAAAUCCCUUAGCAGUUUCCUUACUCUCCGACAACUGAGUUAGGAAGGGCACCUGUAACUUUGUGGUGACUGGGUGUAUUGAAACACCAUCCAAAGUGUAAUUAAUAACUUCACCAUGCUCAAAGGGAUAUUCAAUGUCUGCUUUUUUAAAUACUUUUUUUCCCUUCUUUGAGAGCAUUGGAAAACCUCCCUGGUCUUUAUGGUUGAAUCUGUGUUUGAAAUUCACUGCUCGACUGAGUGACCGUACAGAUAAUUGUAUAUGUGGGGUACAUAUCCAAAAAUCAUGUUAAACACUAUUAUUGCAUACAGAGUGAGUCCAUGCAACUUAUUAUGUGACUUGUUCAGCACAUUUUUACUUCUGAACUUAUUUAGGCUUGCCAUAACAAAGAGGUUGAAUACAAGGGAUUUUUUUUAUUUGUAAAAAUGUGAAAAGAAUAAUUCCACUUAGACCUUGUGGGGUAUCGUGUGUAGGUCAGUGACAAAUCUCAGGUAAUCGAUUUUAAAUUCAGGCUGUAACACAACAAAAUGUGGAAAAAAUCUACCGUGUGAAUACUUUCUGAAGGCACUAUAUAAAAUGUGUUCAUAAUAUACACCAUUUUAUGUAUGACAUUUUCUAGCUUCAACCUAUCUGUACUUUGUUCCUCUGGAUGUCUUUGUACCAAACCUCCUCAGAGUAAUUAUACAUGAAGCCUUCAACCUUUUUGUCCUCCAUCUCCCUUUGAAUAUUGAAUUGCAAUGAAUUUCGUUAGCCAUGGUAUUAUGCACAAACGGAGCAGGUGUAGACUCAAAAUGAAUCCUGAGUCAGCCAUUUUGGUGGUUAUAUGGGCUCCUAUUGAACAGGACAUCUUCAUUAGCACCUGGCGCUCAGCAUUUCAAGGUUAUCAGAUGUACUGUACUGUUUGCAGGUUUAAUAAUUUGUCAAGAUCAAAAGGUUUAAAACCAGGCAAUGCUUAACGAGGGCCAGUUUCUUGGAACCAGAUUAAGCCUACUCCUGGAUUAAAAAGACUCUCCAAUGAAAGUGCUUUUUAGUCCAGAAAUAGUCUUAACUUGACAUGAUGAUGACCAAAGACACAUUAGGCUUUAAAGAGGCUAAACAACAGGGUUUAAAAGGUGUCUGUGAUAAAUGCCUCUUUCUGUGGCCAGGUGCCUUUCUCCUGUGAUAAAUCAGACUUCUUGAUUUUAAAUUAUUUAUACCCUGGAUAAAGAGAUGCAGCAGUGCUCUACUCCAUCCUCCCUGUAUGUGUCUCUGGGUUUCCUCUUCUUUAAGACCUGGCUACAUUUUAAACAAACAAUCAGCCUUGCGUGUUUAAACUAGAAGGCUAAUGGGGGCGUGGUAGAGGGAGAUUCUAUCCAACAGCUCUACUGCUCCACAGCACAGGCCAAAAACAGAGGGAUUUCAUUCUCUCCCGCAGCGUUUGCUGUCCUGACGUUUAUUACACGGUUGUUGUCUUUAGUUUCAUUACACUCAAAGCAACUCAUUUUUAGAUGAGAAAAAAAUGGAUUACCUCCCUCUGGAGAGACAGCAGGACAUAAAAGGGCCGUUGUUUGAAAUGUGUACACAACUCACGGAUGGGACAAUUUACUCAGGCAUAUUUGCCAAUGUACAGUAGUCUACAGAAAGCUUUUAGGCCAUAUAAAUAAGUCAGGAGGGAGCAGAGUAAGAGCUGUGAACCUUUACAUAGCUGGAGGGGUUUACUGGACUGGGUUUCUUUGAGGCCUUUGUUUCUCCAGUUUCUGUGAGUGUUUUUAAGUGUGGUGAGAGGGCGCUCAAAGUGGCUGCAAAUCAUUCACUGUGGUUCCAAUCUUAGCAGGGCUUGUAUGUUUCUCAUGUUUGUUACGCUUCCAAAAAUCUGCAUGAACAGCACAUCAUGAAAUGUGUUUCAAAGGAAAGCAUCAUAUUUAGAUGUUCUACUUGACAUAAUUUUGUAAUGAACUAAUCCUUCAGCAUUUCAAAACCACUGUUCUGUUCUGUUUAUUUUUGUUUUUAAACUGAUUUUCAUUUGAAAUUACAUGGUUGUGAAAAUGGAACUAGUUCUUUUGCAUCCUAGGAUCUGCAUGUGGGGUCUGUGGAAGGAAUCUUACAGCUGCCAUGGGGAACAAAUUGCUGUCUUGCUGGAUCCCAAUCUAACUAAAAUGAUUCCUGUCUCUUGAAUAAAAGAAUAUAAUCUAUUGGGUAAAAUAGCUGCUCCCUACCAUCUGCAAUCAGGUGGAAGUUGGUUGUCUGUUCGCUAGAUUGUAUGGAUUUGUUUAAACAAGCAAUGUGCUGUAUGUUUUGAAAGCAUUCCUGUUCAUCAGAGCGUAAAUGGAUGUAUGGCUUUAUACAUUUAUUCUGUUUAUCAUGGCAACUCGACAAUAAGUUCAAUCAGUUUAGCCACUAAAAUUAAUUGGAGAAAAAUAAAAACCUAUUAAAGCAUAAUUGUGCUCCAUAUUGUUGCAUGGUUCCUACAUAUGAGUGCAUUUGGAAUGGGUGAAGUGAGAGAGUGUGGGUGGAAUGUAAAGUGACGGGAAUUUCUUCAUAGACAAUGCACCACAUUGGCUUGUAAUGAGUCAUAGAUAUCUGGAAUUCUUCCAAUUACCAACAAAAAGCUAUCUUAUUUUUCAGUUAUAAGCACUGUAGCUACCUUUUUUUGAAUUAAGUGUAACCUAGUUGCAUCGCUUUUUAUUUUUUAUUUGUUUUUAUAGACAUGUUGAAUUCACAGUAUCGAUAAAGGUUUUACAAAUUAGGAUAGUUUGUCUGCCUGUCCUCUCACUCCUCUCCCUUCUCCUGCAACAUUCUUCAGGAUUUCACCUCCAUGCUCAGACCUUAGCCUAGGGCUAAGCCCUUAGGCCACCAAGGCUUCCAUUUCUUCCAUCAUAUCAUCUCUAGUAUACUGUCAAGUAUUGUGUGUUUGUAAUGCUUUAUUUCUUACCAUGGGGGUGUCAUAAGCUUUCUCCAACUCCAUGUUUUGGUUGCCCUUUUAUGCCAGGGACAAGCCCUACACUAGCCAAACAAUCCAGUUUGUUUUCACAGAAGUGGAAGAUGACAAUCUACCAUGCAGCAUCUGCCAUUUCACUUGCUUGAAGCUGCACUAUACUGUACCCUGCAUUGAGGACCUGAUAACUAGGAAUGCUUUUGAAAUGUACUCAACAUUUGCUGCCAUUUUCACCUCUCGCUAAUGUUUCCUAAGGUGUUUUAGGAGGACUUUCAGAAAAAUAUAUUGAGCAGGAAUAGAACGAGACCCUUGAAUGACGGUUCCAUUUUCACAAAUACGUUUUGUUCAACGUAUUUAAAAAAAUAAAAAAAAAUAAAAAAAAUAAUUACAUUUUGAAUGUUCAGCUCUUAUUGCUCAUUCGCUGUCUCGUUUUUAUUCCAGGAAGUUCCCUCUGAAGCAGGGAGUGUCUGCAUAUAAAAUGGUCUGCAGUUCUCUGCUUCAUAGGUCAGAAGCUUGUUUAUCUUGUCUCUGUGGCUACGCUCAGUCCCAACUAAAUUGUUUGAACCUGUAUGAGAAAAAGCUCCAUUUGGCACGCAUCAUCUUACACACCAGAUAAUCUUCAUUUCAUUUGAACAUCCCUCUACAUGUAGAUUUCCCAGUUAAUUUCUGUUUAUGGCAAAUGCUAUUCAAAAUCAAGUCCCAGUGUCACUGAAAGAUGGUGAGAGAAUUGGAUUACUGCACAUUCUGGGCAACUAUUUUUUGCAAAUUGAAUUAGAAACUCUCAAAGUAUCAAUUUCAGAUAAUUAGAUAUACAUGUCAGUAGAUUCAUGACUUUUCCUUUACAUCAUGUCCUGUAAUAGGACUCUUUCCUACUUUAUUUUUUAAGAAAUUGUCAGAACACGUGUACACACAUACUCACCUACACACACUCACACAUAGACACACUCACUCAUCAUGAUGCAAUAAAAGAAAAGUGAAAAUUAUAAUUGGAUGAUCAAAGAAAGCAAAAAAAACGAGAAAACAAUCAUGCACAAAUUUCGCUGCUUGAAUGGGACUGCUAGCCAAUGCUGGUUGGGAUGCCUUUAUUUACUGUCCAAUUGUAUACACUGUAGAUGCCACCAACGUCUCCUCUUCUAUGACCAUGGGAGGCCCUCGCAGUGCUUUUCCCACCUCUUCCAGCUCAACCAUGCACUCCACUACUUCAGCCACCGACCAGACCUCUGCUCACACCGGCAUCGCCGCUCCAGACGAAGGUGUAAGUAGCAGAGCGGUGGCAGAGAUGCUUGGCGCCGAGGGCGGGACUGGCAACAGUGGGAGUGCUGGUGGCGGCAGGGCUGGCGGCGAGAAAGGAGGAGGGGCAGGAUCCCUAGGUGGAGGAGGAAGAGGGGGGGCAUCCCAGGAGGCCCAGCAGCACCACCAGAUGACCCCCUCCAAGCGGCGGACGGUGCUGAACAUCUCGCCUCCGCCCGAGGACCUGUUUGACGACAGCCGCAUGUCUUGCCAGGAGGAUCAGCUCCAGGACUCUGAGCAGAGCAACAGCAUCUGGAUGGAUGACUCCGCCUCUAACUUCAGCAUUGUCAGCUCCAGCUCCUACAACGACAACACAGAGGUGCCCCGGAAGUCUCGCAAGCGCACCCCCCGCCAGCGACCCGGUCCCAAGCCUGCCUCGGCCGAGGAGGCCAGCAUGGACGUGUUUGAUGCAGACAGUGCCAAAGGGCCUCACUUUGUGCUCUCACAGCUGGGCUCAGACAGCAAGGCCUGUACCAAAGGAAGUUCGGCAGAUGGCCCCCAAACAACCCAUCAGAAAGGUGGAACCCUAGCGAGCCAGUUCCCUCAGAAGAGUGAGGGCAAGGAGCUGAAGAUCCUGGUCCAGCCUGAGACCCAGCACAGAGCCCGCUACCUGACUGAAGGCAGCAGGGGGUCAGUGAAGGACCGCACUCAGCAGGGCUUUCCCACCCUAAAGCUGGAGGGUGUGAAUGAGGCAGUGGUGCUGCAGGUGUUUGUGGGUAAUGACGCUGGGCGUGUAAAGCCACAUGGGUUCUACCAGGCCUGCAGGGUGACAGGGCGCAACACCACAGCCUGCAAGGAGGUGGACAUCGAGGGCACCACUGUCAUUGAAGUGUCCCUAGAACCCAGCAAUAAUAUGACCCUGGCGGUGGACUGCGUGGGGAUCCUAAAACUGCGUAACGCUGAUGUGGAAGCUCGUAUCGGGGUGGCCGGCUCCAAAAAGAAGAGCACGCGUGCCAGGCUGGUGUUUCGGGUCAACAUCCCCAGGCCGGACGGCUCGGUGCUCACGUUACAGACACCGUCGUCCCCCAUCCUGUGCACCCAGCCUGCAGGGGUGCCUGAGAUUCUGAAGAAGUCCCUCCAUAGUUGCUCGGCGAGGGGUGGUGAGGAGGUCUUCAUCAUUGGGAAGAACUUCCUCAAGGACACCAAGGUCAUAUUCCAGGAAAAUGUGUCCGAUGAGAAGUCUUGGAAGGCAGAGGCUGAAAUUGACAUGGAGCUGUUUCACCAGAAUCACUUGAUUGUGAAGGUUCCUCCUUACCAGAACCCAGCCAUCGCGUCUGCAGUGUGUGUGGGGAUCUACGUGGUGACCAAUGCUGGCCGAUCCCACGACGUGCAGCCUUUUACAUACACUCCAGAACCAGUGGACAUAUCUGUGAAGAAAGAAGUUCCAUCUCCAGGCAAGCCCUGCUCUUUUGAUCAACGGUUGAAAGUAAUUGAUGGUGCCUUGAUGCCCAUAAUGUUGCCUCUUGUGAAGAGAGAAGAGGUCACUCCAAUGGAGGUCUCCAGCAACCUCCCUUCUGCUGGCAUUUUCAAGCGGACUCCCGAUGUCAUGUGUUCGGCCCAGCAGACGCUGGACAUGAGUUCCAACCUUCCCCCCAACAACAGCCCGUUCUCCAACUCCUUGCCGCGGCCUGCCAGUGACCCUGAUGAAUCCCAAACAGCAGUCUUCAACAGUGCAGAGGCCCUGAGCACCAUACAGAAGCAGGACAUCGCUCCCACCAGCUCCUUCCCCGUGCCUGCAGACUCUCUACUCCAACCUGGGCCUCAGCAGUUUCUCCUGGAGCCCAGAGAGGGGCUGGGGCAGGACAGGGCCGGCAACAACGCUGGGGCGGUAGGGAGGCUCAGUCAACAAGUGGAGGCCCCUCAACCUGCCCCCCAGCAGCACCAGCUGCCCGUAUUCCCCCCAGAUGAGGUGGCCCAAUUGGAACAAGCAGUGAGACAACUGCAGGCUAAAGGGUACUGCAGCCAGCAUCAACAGCGACAACAGCAACAGAUUCAGCAGCAACAAAUUCAGCAACAACAGCAGCAACAAAUUCAGCAACAGCAGCAGCAACAAAUUCAGCAACAACAGCAGCAACAAAUUCAGCAACAACAGCAACAGCAACUACAGCAACAGCAACUACAGCAACAACAACAGAUUCAACAACAACAAAUUCAGCAACAACAGCAACAGCAAAUUCAACAGCAACAAAUUCAACACCAGCAACAGCAAGUGUUGGACAACCUGCAGCAGCAGCUGUUUCAGUCACAGAUGCCCAUGCAGUGUGGCAUAUUCCAGGGCAGUUCUCGAGGUGAGAACACUGAACAGCAGGGUUCCCAGCAGGGCAUGGUGCAGAACCAUGGUUCCCUCUUUCAGCAGGCCCAACAACAGCAGCAGCAGCAACAACAACAGAAACAGCAGCAGCAAGCAGCACUCUUUCAGCAAGCCAAUGAGCUCCUCUCCAUUCAGACCAACUUCCUCCAUCAGACCCCUUCUCAUCCCUCUCCACCCCUCUUCCAUAACCCCAGCCCCCUGGCUGAGGCACAGGACCCACAGGGGGCGCUGUUCCACACUCAGAAGGCCUCUCCCACCCAGGAGCAGGUCCAGGCAACCCUCUUCCAGAACACACUGACAGUGUUGAGUAGGACCAGCCUUUCCCCAGAGCAGCCCCCCUCUGCCGCCAACCUGUUCCUCCCCCAGAGUACCCUGCCCGGGCAGCUCUCCGCUAGCGGUAGCCAGCAGCAGCUGGCCUUCCUCAGUGCCCUGCAGACCUCUGCCACUGAGCCCCAGUCAGUGUUCCAGGCUCAGACCCAGCUUUCCCCCAUCCAGCAGGGGACCCCCAUGGAGCAGCAGCAGCCCUCCCAGCCUCAGCCCCAGCCUCAGCCACCUCAGCAGAACUCCAUGUUUCAGAACAUCUCCCCUCAUCCACCUGCAAACACUCUCUCUCAGACCCGGCAGCAGCAGGCCAGCCUACUGUUCUGCAGCAACCCCCUCUCCACUCCAGAGCAGCCCCCCAGUCUGCUGUUCAGUGGCCAGGGCCAGAUGCCCCCCAUGAGCAGCAGCAGCCUGAACUCUCAGGAGCCCCAAAACCCCUCCAUGCUGUUCUCUCAGGCCAGCAUGGUGACGGUUAGCCAGCAGGAAUCCUCUGAGCCCAUGGCCUUCCUGGACCAGAGCCAGGUGGUGGGGAACCCCUCAGAGCCUUGCCAGCAGGGCCUGUUCCAAGAGCAGCAGCCCAUGCAGCUGAUCACCAGCUCCAACAACGGCCCAGAGCAGCCCGUCUCCCUCUUCAUGCCCCAAUCCAACAUGGCUGCCCUGCAGGGUUGCAUGGCUGCCCAGGAGCUCCCGCAGACAGGCAUCUUCAGCACCCAGAAUGGGGUGGCAGGCCUGCAGACCACCACCUCCUCCCCCGUGCAGCAGCCAGGGUCUCUGUUCCAAACAGCAGUCAGUGGGACCCUCAACCAGCCCAGCGAGGCACAGCAGCCAGGCCUCUUCCUCUUUGGGAUUCAGAACGAGUGUGGCCAGCUGAUAAACUCUCCUGGAACCACUCUGUCUGAUCAGAUCAUUGCCAUCAGUCAGUCUGGUCAGAACCAGAGAGAGAGCGAGGCCCAGAUCCAGUCGCUGCUCAACCAGUCCAUGUCUGAGUCAGGGAGCAUGCAGAACAGCAUGACGGCCUCCCAGAACAUGGAGAAGAUAGAUGACCUGCUCGUCAGCCUACAGGAGCAGGGCAACAACCUCACUCGCUCCUACUAGGCCUGCUAUAGGUUUCAGGACCCCCGAAGACCCCCAGUGUGGACCUCCAUUACAGAUGGCAGAAGAAUGGAAACAAAUUCAACAGUGGGCUCCUGUCCAAACUCCAAGUUACAUGUAAGCCUAGGCGGGCCUUCUUCUCCAAGGACUGUCUUCAUGUGUAGAUGCUCCACAGUGGCGCCGAGCGGGAUACCAGUCCGCCACUGCAUCUAAACCUGGACCUCAAAAUAGGACAUAGGUUGUAGUCACCCCACAACUGCAGUGUGGUCAAUGUAUCUCACAGCUAGUCGCCUCCAGCUGUUAAUGAAACAUGACACUUUGAAAUGUUUGGCUAACUCACCAGUUCUCAGAACAGCACUUUGCGGUGUGGUUUUAUAAAGAUGGUGGUGGAAGCUAGCACAGCAUUCUGUAUUCUCCAGGACCAGAGUGUGGGCUCACAAUUGUUUAUAACGCAUUGUUGUCCUUUUUAUACGAUAUUAAAAGUCUUUUAAGAAAUAGCAAAAGAAAAUAUACAAUUCGUGAAAAAUAAACCUUUGUAAGAUAUUUUGACAUUAGUUCUUUCAGCACCUUACGAUGCUUUCCUUUUGUGACCAUUUACUCAUUAAGUUGGCCCAUGCAUUCACUAGUCAGCUAUUUAUCUCUUCUCCUGUUUACUGGAUGUACAGCUUGACUACUUUAUUACUCAUGCAUGUGUGUUGAGUUAUGGCUUUAGUUUUUAUUGCUCCUUUCAUGAAACACCAGUUUAUUUUAUUGGCAGCCAUCUUCCCAUUCCUGAGAAUAACUCCAAGUAUUUGAGUAUUACACCAUGGAUUUAUUUCCCUGAUUAGACUCUGUAGUACGAGAGAUGCUCUAGAUUAGGGUCAAUGUGGAUCAAGAGAAAAAUAAUAAUCCAGCCUUUAAAUCAUUCAUUUCCAGUCUAUAUAAUUAAAUAAUAGGCCUACAGUUUGAAUAAAUCAUAACCAUAUAUGCAUACCAUAUACCAGUGCGCACGAUUGUCUGAUUGAUGUAAUUAAAGAGUAUAUUGUUAUUUGUAUCACUCUAUGGCAAGUGUAGAUAAUGUGUUUUGUAGUGAUGUCUCCAUGGCAGAUGUUUAGCUCAUGUCUGACACGCACGAACUGGACUUUUAUCUAUAGAUCAGAGAGGAGUUUUCCAUAUGUUUGUCUUACUGUAAAACACCAACUCUCUUGCCUACAGUGGGCCACCCCAGGACCUGAGACAAGGCCUCAAGUCACAUCCUCCUUUUUCGUCUUCAUGAAUGGCCAGUUUUAUGGCUCAUAUUGAUUGGUGUGUUUAUAUUUGUCGUUCGAGACUAGCCAUGUUUUGACAGGGAGAAAGUGGUGAAAGUGACUGGAGCAGUUAUUUGUUUUGCCUUGACCAUGAAUGGUUGUUUGUAGUUGGAUUAUUAGUGUCAGGCGUGAUAUACAGAUGUAGGAUCUUAAUUUGAUCACUCUUUUGUUGCUGAGCAUUUUCCUGCACCUUAAGAAAUACAAACUUCUAUUUUUUCUUGUUAUUAUUUGUAUUUGAUCAUAUAUAUAUAUAUAUAUAUUGUACUUUUUACCCCCAAUUUCGUGAUAUCCAAUUGGUAGUUGGUCUUGUACCAUCGCUGCACCUCCUGUACGGACUCGGGAGAGGUGACGAUCGAGAGCCAUGCGUCCUCCCACACUUGACCCUGCCAAGCCGCACUGCUUCUUGACACACUCCCCGCUUGACCCGGAAGCCAGCCGCACCAAUGUGUCGAAGGACACACUGGCGACAGCUGGCGACCAAAGUCAGUGUGCAUGCGCCCGGCCCGCCACAAGGCGUCGCUAGAGCGCGAUGGGAAAAGGACAUUGUGCGCCGCAUCAUGGGUCUCCCAGUCAUGGCCAGCUGUAACACAGCCUGGGAUCAAACCCAGGUCUGUAGAGACACCUCAAGCGCUGUGAUGCUGUGCCUCUCGGGAGGCAUGUGUAUUUGAGUUUUAAAAAGGUUUCUAAAGUUUGUAUUUUCGACUUUGAAAUUUCAGACUUGAUUUACCCUAAUGAAAAAUGUAUCAACCCCUACAAAAAUGUCCAUUAAUUAUAAUCCACAGAACAAUUCACAUUUCCUUUUGCUGCAGGAUUAUUUUUCUGCUGUAGCAAACUGGCUCAAAUUAAGAUCCCACACCUGUACUGUUGCCAAACUGGUUUGUGCAUUUAUUCUUUACAUGUGAGUAUUGGGCUGGAGUGGAGCCAACAGUAAGAUUGUGUCUUGUUUUUAGUCUGAAUCUGAGUAUAUGCAUGAACAAGGAGCUGGUCUCUGAUGACAACAAGAACAGCUUAGUUGAGUGCCUCCAUCUUUCUCUCUUAUUGUUGUUGUCUGUUAGUGUGUGUUCUUAACAUCAUUACCUUUUAUUCACUUUAAAAACAAGAAGAUUUUUAAAAUGGAGAGUAUUUAAACUAUUUUUAGUAAUGUGAUUGGUGGGACCCCAUAUUCCCCAUCCCAGAGCUUGAGCUGUGUUCUUUUAGAUAUUUAAAGGGACCCUACUCAUGAAGAAUGAACCGUUAAGUUGCUUUAGAGAAAAGAGCUGUCUGUGAUUGGCUUUCUUCAACUCUUGUGAAAAACGAGUACUUUUGUUUCCAAUAGUCAUGAGUAUUUAUGUGAAUUUUUUUAUAAGAUUUAGAAAUAUUUUAUCAUAUCUUUUUUACUGGUGUAGUUCUAAUACAUCUUUUCAGAAAUCAUAUCUAAUUUAUUUUGUAUUUUUUUGUCUUAGAUAGUGUAAAUUGUGUCCCACAAUCAUCUUUGUGCCACAAAUGACUUGAUGUACAAGGGUGCUUCUGAUUUAACUCUGUAAUUGUAUUAAUAUUAGUUAUGUGGAUUUGGCCCUUCCCCGCCUGUUGAAACUGUAAUUGGCAGUGUUCUUGUGUGACAUAUCUGUCAGUGAAGCUUAUCUUCUCCUUGUGAGGACAGGGAUACAACUUUAUGGUUGAGGGAGUUAAAAUGUACCAUGUACACUACGAGUCACAUGUACUUUCCUGUGCAUUGUUUUCCUCCUUAGAUAGAUUUCUGUUCAUAUGCCAGGUUGAGAUCAAUUGUACAGUAUGUUUGUCCAAAGCUGAUAGUUUAAGUCAAACCCUUGUGAUAUAAUUUGUGAAACAUUGAACCUAUACUGUCACAUCUACAACUUAUUUCACCUCUUGAAUAAGGAAAGUGUAGGAAGUUAUUGGACAACUAUGCCAGUUAUAAAGCCAUACAGACAGAUAAAACAGCAUCUAUUAAAUAAUUGUUAAUAGGGUUUACAAGAAACUCCAAACGCAGAAUGUGUUUGUUACCUCAACCCGAGCAGGUUGCUAAUCAGGCCAACUUACUCAACAUUGGACCAAUUACAAUGAUAAAGUACAUUAUUUAUAUAUAGUAUACAUACAAUAUUUUGGCAGCAGCAUGUUAAUGUUUUGUGUUAUGAAUACACAAUAAGAUCAUUGUUAUUUUCAUGCAUAUUGAGGGGGAAAAAAUACCUAUUUUCAAAUGUAACCAAUGAAUAUCCCAAAUAGUUUGAGCUUUGACAAAAGAGGAGGGCUAUUUGUCAAGUAGGCCACAUGUUUUACAUUGAUGACGACAUGAGUCUUUGUAAUUGAGUGGCACUAUACGUUAUUGUGCCGGUUAAGGUUCCAUUUACUGAAGACCUAAAAAUGAACGACUUUUCCUACUCAACCAAUGACUACAGAAAUGCAGAGGUCACCUUGAAAGUUAUAUUUUUACCGUAUUUGCACCCAGACUAACCAAUGAUUUAUGACAUCACAGUGUACAGCAAAUAUAUUUUAGAAGUAUUGCUCAGUACAUUGGAUGAUAUACUUGUGCCUUGACAAACUUUUAUAGUAGAGACCAGAUUUAUCUUGUACCAGUGUUGCCUGUUUUAUUCACCACUGUGACACUAUUGUCAGUGGCUAUUACCCCUUGAUAACUAGUAUCUUGCAAGCCAUACGACUUGCUUCAAAUGCCGUACAGAAAUGAGUGAUCAGAUAAAUGUAUAGUGUUGUGCAUCUGAUUUAUUUUCACAAAUGUUAAUUGCAUUUGUUGUUUAACGUAGGUGCAAUUAAAGUUGUCUCAAACUGCUAUGCAGCUUGAUUCAAUAUAAAUGUAUAUCUGUUACUUUUUUUAAUAUAGAUUUUAUCUAUCUAGCCUCUCUUGAUUGUUCAUUGCAAAGGGGAAACUAUAACAAAAUAUUGUAAUUCUGUCAAUUAUUUAUGUAGAUUUUUGAAAUAGUAUUGAUACCGUGUGCCACCGGAAUUUAUUUUUAUGAUUGGGCUUAUGUCAGUCAAGACAAACACAAAUUUCACCUAAUUCAAACAAACUUGUCAUUCAGAAUUUUUAUCAUGGGUGUUUGUUUUUAUUGUAAAUGUCAUCAGUUAGUCUGUUCACACACUUCUGUUUGUGUCCCCUUAACCUGUCAGGCUUUGGUUUGAUGUGAAAGUCUGCUUUAUUUCCAUGAGGGGUUUUUUCUGCUGGGGAUAGUAGUGAACCUGUUGAUAGCAUUGACAGGUUAUAGGUAUGGGGAGUGCAUAUCACCAAUGUGUUUUUAGCUACCAUGUGAACAAUCGUGAAAUAUUACCUUUGAAAAAAUGAAUUGAUAUAAAUGUAUUUUUGCUUUUGUUGGGGCGUUUGUAUACUCUUGCAAUUAUAUUUAUGUAAACCUGCUGGUAUCUAUAUUAAUAAAGAUAGAUGAUACGUU